AUGGCGAUGGCGAGGCCGCUGCUUCAGCUGUGCACGUUGCUCUCUUGCCUCUUCUUCAUCGUCCCCGUUGCUGCUCGUCCUCCGGUCGUCCCCAUUGCUGCUCGUCCUCCACCAGCUUGCUCGGGGACAGGUGUCCAGCCCGUAGCUCUGACCAAGCCACUCGAGUUCUGUGGAGGGAAGAUCGGUGACCCCACCUGCUGCGACGCGGCAAACGACUCCACCAUCCAUCUGGCUUUCGUCCACUCCUUCUCCAGGCCGUCCAAGACUCACGACGCCGACGCUGCUUCCUGUGCGGCCCUGGUCAAGCGGAGGCUUUGCGCUGUAAGUAGUACUCUCUACUCCUACCUCCAUCCUCUCCAACCUCGUCGUACCUUCUGCCGAAUGCCUCCACCCGUCCUCCCAAGCUACCGCCGGCAGUGGUGCUGGUGCAGCAUCCAGGGGCAGGGAAAGCGCAGGGUUAAAUCGGAGUAUCGGGCGCGACCCUGCCCGCCGCCGCCUCCCACCAUCGUCCACGGCCGCCGGCGACGCGCCGCCUCGCCGCACCGCCGCCGUCCGCCCCCGGUCGCCGACGAGUCCGAGUCCGCGACUUCGCACGUUCCUGAUACCGUAUCGCCGGCGUAUCAGACCGAAUCCGUGUUUCUCUUGUAG